UCCAAUCCCGUCUUCUCGUUCGCAAACCAACAAAACACCACCAACGAAUCCUCUUCGAUCCCCGGUCGAUCGUGCGCGUCCGGGCAUCCGGCAACGGUGAAACAUCGCUUUCCUUCUUGUUUCACCCGGGAGGCUGCGUGAAGAUGAGUGUGUCAGGGUCGGAUAGCGAGGCCUCCCGGCGGUCGUCCAAGAAGCCCAAAUAUUCUAAAUUCACGCAGCAGGAGCUUCCAGCAUGCAAGCCACUGCUGACUCCAGGAAUUGUGAUCGGCGCCUUCUCGCUCAUCGGCAUCAUAUUCGUCCCGAUAGGGCUCGCUUCGCUGUCAGCGUCACAGGAGAUUGUUGAGCUGGUGGAUCGAUAUGAUGAGGAGUGUGUUCCCGCCAGUGACAAGAUAGGGUUCAUUCAGGACUCCAAGGUCGACAAGGCGUGCACCAGGAAGAUCACGGUGCCCAAGCCUAUGAAAGGGCCGAUACACAUCUACUACCAGCUGGAGAACUUCUACCAGAACCACCGGCGGUACGUCAAGAGCCGUAGCGACAAGCAGCUUCGGUUCAAGGACUACAAGGACCCCGUUGGCGUGAUGAAGAGCUGUGACCCGGAAGCCGUGUCCGUGGACGGGUCCCUCAUCGUGCCCUGCGGCCUCAUCGCCUGGAGCCUCUUCAACGACACCUACGCCUUCUCCGUCAACAAGAAGUCCGUCUCCGUCAACAAGAAGAACAUCGCCUGGGCCAGCGACAAGAGCAGCAAGUUCGGCAGCGACGUCUUCCCCAGCAACUUCCAGAAAGGCGGCCUCAUCGGCGGCGGCAAGCUCGACGACAAGCUGCCGUUGAGUGAGCAGGAGGAUCUGAUCGUGUGGAUGAGGACGGCGGCGCUGCCGACGUUCAGGAAGCUGUACGGGAGGAUCGAGGCGGACAUGAUGGCGAGCGACGAGAUCACGGUGGUGAUACAGAACAACUACAACACCUACAGUUUCGGGGGCAGCAAGGCGCUGGUGCUCUCCACGGCGUCGUGGAUCGGCGGCAAGAACAACUUCAUCGGCGUCGCCUACGUCGCCGUCGGCGGACUCUGCCUCUUCCUCGCCAUGGGCUUCGUCGUCCUCUACGUCGUCAAGCCAAGGACCCUUGGAGACCCAUCGUAUCUGUCGUGGAACAAAGAGACCGAUUAUGCACAAUGAAGGACUAAAUCUUUUGGUGUUUCAUGUGUGUUCUGUAGAAGCAGAGGUGGUGUCCUCAAGUUUUGUGUUUGCUCUUGUCCCUUUUCUUUUUCAUUCGCCGUUCGUGAGCUAGGAAAAGCAUACAUGGUGAUGCUGAUACUCGUUAGAGGAUUCGCAUGUACUCCGUAGUAUAAUGCACCGGCAGCUGUGCUCAUUUGACCCCUCCCUGGGAGCUGUUCUGUAAGUGCCUGUUUGUUUGUUUGUAAGAAGGGAAGCACAGACCUCUUUUUUUCAUAAUCUUUUUUGUAAAGGAUGUACUGUGAGAGAACUUGCGUCUGUCUGUCCUCAAGGUAAUUAACCAACGGAUAUGCCAACGGUCGGUGACCUUUUUUCCAA